AUGGAAGGUCCUCCUAUUGAUCACACACCGCGUGUUCCUCGCGAUAUCACCAAAGCACGCAUCGACAAUUUCAUGCUCAAGGGGAGCAUCUUUUAUGAAAUGGGUAUCCAUUAUGGUCUAUGGACGCAUCGUCAUAGUGGUCCUCCUCAUGUCACGCUCAGCGUUUAUAGCGUUCCAGACCUAAAGGACGCCGUGACGCAAACUUUUGAAAAGGUUGGUCAACAUGAUCGCAAGUAUGGUCCAAGUUGGGCGACGCAUUGGUUCAAGGUGCACGUUGUUAUCCCUCAAUCUCUGGAUGGCCAAAAAGUCGUAUUCCAAUGGGACAUGGGCUGCGAAGGAUUGAUAUGGUCAAUGGAUGGCGAGCCUCUUCAAAGCUUAACGGGUGGAUCGGAUCAACAACGACAUGAAUACAUUCUCACGGAUCAUGCCAAGGAUGGUGACAAGUUUACCUUUUACAUCGAAGCCGCGUGUAAUGGCAUGUUUGGUGUUGGUGAUGCUGCUAUGGUUCCCGAUCCAAAUCGCUACUUUUCAAUCAAGACGGCUGACCUUGUUGUGCCCAAUGCACCAGUGCAGGAUUUGUAUCAUGACCUUGAGAUUAUCCGUGGUAUUGCAUAUGACACCAACCCUGAUACAGCAAGAGCUCGUGAAGCAUUGUGGACUGUCAACAAAGUUAUCAACUUGUUCAAGCUUGAUGAUCCAAAAUCGAUCCAGCAAUGUAAAUCCGUUACAUCUCAGUUUCUUUCAAUCAAGAAUGGCUCGCCAAAAGGUCAACAUCAGAUAUCAGCUAUUGGCAACUGUCACAUCGACACGGCAUGGUUAUGGCCCUAUGACGAGACCAAACGCAAGAUUGCGAGAUCGUGGGUGACUCAAGUGGAUCUCAUGGACCGAUAUCCCGAAUACAUCUUUACCGGAUCACAGACUCAACAAUACGAAUGGCUGCGUGAAUUAUACCCAACCGUGUUUGAUCGAAUCAAGGAGAAGGAGAAAGCAGGACAAUGGGAGAUUAUUGGAGGGAGCUGGGUCGAACAUGGCAAGUAUACUUUGAAUAGCAAAAAGGAGAUCAUCAAUCUUCAGCGAUGGAUGGUAUUAAUUCUGUUUUUAGACACAAACAUGCCUUGUGGAGAAUCGCUUUGCCGACAAAUGCUGCUUGGGCAACGUUUCUUUGACAAGCACUUUGGUAAACGAACCAAGAUUUUUUGGUUGCCCGAUUCGUUUGGUUAUUCUUCCCAGCUACCGCAAGUCCUCAAGCUUUCCGGUUGCGAUUAUUUCUUCACCCAAAAGCUGUCCUGGAACAACAUCAACAAAUUCCCCCUCACAACCUUUUAUUGGGUCGGCAUUGACGGCACGAGAAUCUUGGCUCACUUAACACCAGCCGACACAUACAAUGCUACCGUCACCGUUGCAGAAUUGAACAAAUGUGCAACAAAACAUCAUGACCUGGAGUAUUCCAACGAGAGCUUGCUUUGUUUUGGACAUGGCGAUGGUGGUGGAGGACCUACUCCUGAAAUGCUGGAACGAUUAAGACGUGUGAACGACGUCGAUGGAUUACCUAUUUGCAAGCCAAGUAGUGCGCUUCAAUUUUUUGAAAGGAUUGCUACCAAUGAUCGUGGCCUUCAAGAAUACAAUGGAGAAUUGUACCUGGAAUUUCAUCGUGGCACGUAUACCAGCCAGGCAUUGGUCAAACAAGGCAAUCGCAAAUCCGAGUUUUUGGUGCGAGAUGUUGAGAUUUUGGGUGUCAUGGCAACAUUACUCGCCAAGUCCUUGGGCAAAACUUCAAGCUAUAACUACCCCGUGGAUGACUUAGACCAUAUUUGGAAGUUGUUAUGCUUGAAUCAAUUUCAUGAUUGCUUACCAGGAUCAGCUAUUGGGUUGGCGUACAAAGACGUCCAUAAGCAUCAUCGUGAGAUCAUUUCGGAUGCGUUAUCCCUUCGACAUAAGGCACAAACAGCAAUCAUGCAACUGCAAAGCGAGAAGACGAUCGAGUCCCAUGAUCAUGAAGGCAUGGUGGUCUUCAAUACGCUUCCUUGGACACGUGCAGAGGUGGUCACUGUUCCUGCAAAGGGAACAUCGUGGAUUGGGCAGCAAUGGACAGCAAAUGGACAUGAAUACGUUAUUGUGCGUGAUGUACCUGGUUUGGGUGCAGCUGGGUAUGUAGCACACUCGCAAGAUUUCAUUGCUACGGCAAACGACAAUGGUGCUAAAGCAUACCAAACCGAGGAUGGCACUUUCGUGCUAGAGAAUGUGAAUCUUAAAGCGACGUUCAAUGGUGAAGGUCAACUUGUACAGCUUGUUGACAAGAAGACGCCUGCAAGAAAACCACUUGUGCCAGAGAAGCGUGUCGGAAACUUACUUCAGCUGUAUGAGGACGUGCCAAUCUACUGGGACGCUUGGGAUGUUGAGAUCUACCAUUUGCAAAAAUGGAAAGCUGUCAAAGGAAGUGGAAAUCUCAAGGUGGUCUCCAAAGGCCCUAUCAAGGCUGAGCUGCAGUUUUCACAAAGGAUUUCUGACAAGAGUUCGAUUGAGCAAACAAUCAGCAUCACUUGCAUCGGAGAGCGUAUUGAAUUUAACAGCCAUGUUACUUGGCACGAGAGUCAUCAAUUCCUGAAAGUAGAAUUCCCUUGGGAUCUCGUGAGCGAUCACGCCACUUAUGAGAUUGCAUAUGGUGCAUUGAGAAGACCCACCCACUACAACAGCACAAUCGAUUCCGCCAAGUUCGAAGUUUGUGGACACAAAUUUGCCGAUUUAUCAGAAUCCAAUUAUGGUGUUGCUCUGCUUAACAAUUGCAAGUAUGGCUAUGCUACACAUGGGAACACCCAACGGCUUUCAUUGUUGCGAUCACCCAAAGGACCAGAUGAGAACGCGGAUAUGGGUGAGCACAAGUUCAAGUAUGCCAUUUACCCCCACAAGCAUCAUUUCAAUGGGUCGAAUGUUGUGCGUGAAGCUAUCGAGUUCAACGUCCCUCUUUCUUUCCGCUAUGCGAAAGACGAUGAGCUCAAGGGUGGAUCUAUGCUGGAUUCCCUAUUCAAAGUGGAUCCUCCAAGCCAAGUGAUUCUGGAUACGAUCAAAACAGCUGAAGAUGAUCAUGGUAAAGGUGAUACAUUGAUCCUGCGUCUCUAUGAAGCAUAUGGUGGGCAAGCUUGUGUCAAGUUGACAAGUUGUUUGAAUAUCAAGCAUCUCACAAUCACCAACGUAUUGGAAGAUGAUCUCAACGAGGAAAUUAAGCCCAAUGCCGAUAAUAGCUACACAUUGUGUCUCCACCCAUUCCAAAUCCUCAAUCUCAAAGUAUCCAUUGCCUAA